GACUACAAGAUCCGAGUGGAGUUGCGGGCAGACGCCUGCAAGACAGAAGAUCUGCCAUAUCUAGGACCUCGAUUGGCAGCCAAUUUGGUGGGCAAGGCAUUUGAAACGCUGGGUGAAGUCAAAAGAGAGCAGUUGAAAAAGGCUGAAAAAUGGCAUUAUUUGUUGACCUUUUUGGAAGACACAAGGGGUCGUGCAAAAGUGGACAUUUUGGGUGAUACAUUUACAGAGUUUUUCCUGCGCAAAGAAGCUUGCCGACGAGAUGGUGAGGAGAUCAAUGAUUACGAGACAAGGUUCAAGACACUUGUGCGUCGGAUGGAGCGAGCGAUUGCAGAGACAAACUCAAGUGCAAAGAUGCCACCUGAGGUGUACGGGUGGUUCCUUCUGAAUGUCUUCAUGAGGAUGUCGCCCUCCGAUACAGCCAACAUUCGUGGAAAGGCCAGUUCCUACAAGGUUCACGAUGUCCUGACAGCCCUCAGGUUGAUGUGGAGUAGUGGAGGUCUGGGAAGUCGUGAUGCCGAACUCCGACCAAAGAAGACCCAUGCUACAGGACAAGCCUAUCAUCAAGAUGAGGUGAUCGACAAACCUGAGGCUGACAUGGAUGGAGAAGAGACCGAGGAGAUCUUUGAACUGGAAGAAUGGUGUGAAGACGCCACCGCAGAGCUGCUCGCAGAUACAGAGGAUAGUGCAGAAGUUUUGGCCAGUUUCAAGGAAGCUAGACGCGCCUUGGAUCAAGCUAGAACAGCACGUGGCUUCUAUCCAGUGAAACCUCCUGGACAAGGACAGUUCAGGGGAAAGGAGGCGGCAACCGGACAGGUCUUGGCACUACAGCCUGCCGCAUUUCGAGGGAAGGCCAUCGUGGAUUCAGGAGCUUCAGACAACAUUGUGGGUGCGGAGACACUACAAGAGUUGGCGGAAUGUUUGGAAGAACUGGAAUUCGAUCCACAGACAGAGAUUGUUGUUGACAGACAGAUCCACAAACGAUUUUUCCUCUAUGACAUGGAUGCAACCAUCAACUUCCGGACAGGCAAAGCCGUGUUUCUGAAGCUGAGUGAUCGACAAGUACAGUUGGAGCGCACAGAGAGCAACCAUCUGAUGCUUCCCUUGACGGCUUUCGCUGGUCAUUAUGACGCGCUGCAAGAGCUGUUUGUGAAAGAAGAAGACAUCGACCAGGCAGUCCACACCUUGAGCCGGAAAGAUGCCGACUUGCCGCACAAGACGGCCAGUGUAGAUGUAGAGAAGGCCUUCGAUGAGGCCGACACUGGAGAUCAGGGCACGGUGGACGAGUGCGCACGUUUGCUGGAAAUUCAACUUAAGGAAUUGGACGGCCAAGGUUAUGAUGAAGAGGGUUAUAUGAGGGGUGUGGAUUUAGUGAGUUGGUUAGAAAGUCUUGGGAUGAAAAUGGAACCCAUCAGUGGAGAGAGCGCCUGGCAGAUGGGAAAACAUUCAAGACACCUCCAGAUUCUGAAGGAGAAUGCCAAUUUGUUGGCUUAUGAACUUGGACCGAACACUGACGCGCGUGAACUGCUGAACCUCGCUGUCAUGGCUAAGAAUGAAGUGCAUAAUGUGAGGGGCUACACGCCUAAUCAAUGGCAGUUUGGAGCUAACCACGGACGAAUCAGUUCCUUCUUGAAAUUUGACGGACAUCUACCCUGGGAAAGCCAGAGGGAAGACACAGACUUCGAGACCAGCCUGAAAAGAGAAGCCGCAGCCAGGAAACUGUUCAUUGAGGAGAACCUCGAGAAGUUGAAGAAGAUGGGCAACAAGAUCGCCACCAAAGAAAUGGUGGAACGAGCUCAGACCAUGCCAAUGGCAGACCUGAAGACAUGGAAGAUCGACUUCGGGAAGCGCAAGGGUCUGAACUUCGAAGAAGCAGCUCUGGAACCGGGCUACGCGGAAUGGGUGGCGGCUCACGUGGAUCCCUCAAAGAGCAACCCGACCAUGCAGAUGUUCGCGAUCUACCUGACACGACGAACACAGAAGCUGGUGGAUCAGAUGGAAAACAAGGAGGGUUACGGGGGACAAAAAGAGAGUCACCACAUGAUGACAGAGUGGAGCAAGAAGCGUGGCGAGAUGGAUGCGCUCUUCGACGAGAAGAUCGAGCGGGGCGACUUCGAUGCCUGGACGAAGGUGACAACAGAGGAAACAACCCCAGAAGUUCAGAAGCUGCAGGAAGACUCAGCCAUGAUGCAGAUGCGCAUGAGUCACAUCGAAAUGUUGAUCACCCAGAUCGCAGAGAAACUGAACAUCGGGUAG